AUGUACGCUUGUCCACCAAUGCCACCUGCACCAUGUGCACCUGAGCCUCCGAUUAGGAAACACGUUAUCGAGCCUGGUUCGAGGUAUAUCAGAGAAAUUGGUACAGCUAUUAUUGGGAAUCAGUUGAUAAUUCGCAUGGAGAGGGAGAAAGGGAAAUCGAAGAAGUCCAAAGAGUGGGAUCCACCGUGUGAUUGUGACUUGGUGGUACAGAGGCCUACGAGCAAAGAGGGACCGAAAAUAUUGAAGGGUCCUGAUAAUAAUCGAAUUCUGUUUCGAGUGGAGGAAGAUGCUGCGAAGAAGAAUAACACUGAUUGCAUACCUCAGGGUAUUAGUUAUGAGGUUGGACAGUGCAAAGGAGGGCCAAACACGAACAAUCAGUGCAGGUCUUUCACGAUUUACCCGGUUCUGGAGGGUGCAGGAGCGGAGGAAGUGCACACGGAUCGCGUCACCGAGGGAGACGAGAACGUGUUCAUGUUGAAGGUGAAAAAGAGGCCUGACUCCUCUGAUCAACCGAAGAGGAACAUCGAACUCGAGCUGAGAACACCUAGGCCACCAACUCCUCCUCUGGAAGAAUUGAUAGCUAUGCAACAGAAACAGGAGAGACACGUGACUUUAGUGGAGAAAGAUUGCACACCGGAGGAGAAACCGAAGAAGAAGGAGGAGAAGAAGAAGAAGAAGAAGAAGAAGUGA